CAACCCCGGAACUUCUUGACUGCCAGUCGAAACGAAGUUAAACAAAAAGCAGGAAGUAUUUAUUAAACAGGACCAAAAUGAACAUCACAUCUGCAGUUUGUUGGUGCAACAUCUGGGACAAGAACACCAUUGUGAAUGUGGGUCCCGAUGUCCUGUGCCUGCGAAAUGGCAAUGCGAUCAAGUUCGUCCACAUGCAGACGAAGGUCGUCAGUUUCUUCAAGCCAGAGACAGUGGCCACCGGACUCAGCAUCAGUGCCUUUGCUGGCCACAACCGUUUUCCGCUCUUCGCCUUCGCCGAGGUCGUCCUGCGACCGAAUAUCUUUAUAUACCGCUAUCCGGAUAUGGCCAAGUUUAGCUCCAUUCCACCUCACCUGGUAAGCUACUCCGACAUCCGCUUCUCAGAGCUGGACCUUCUGGUCGCCGUGGGCGGCUAUCCCGACUACUGCCUCUGCGUUUACAACUACCGCACUGGGACCUUGGUCCUGGAGCAACCCACCAAUAUUCCCACCGUGCCACGCGGCAUUGUGAUGAGCUUCACCAGCUUGCCCAGCAUCAUACAGUUCAACAAGCAGGAGAUGAGCAUCCUGUGCUACGACAUCUGCACCGUCGAGAAGGAGUCCUUCCUGUACAAGGUGGCCGAGGUGGAGCUGGGCAAGGACUACCUCAAGUCCUGGGAAAAGUGCCUCACCUUCGGCGAGGACACUAUCCUGUACGCGACCAACGACUUUGGCCACCUCCUUACGGUGGACGUGGCCUGCUUCGCCUUGAAGCCCCAGUGGGAGCCGAACUACGGAUCAGAAGUUGACGUGGAACGGAUGCCCCGCGCCCACGGCCUUACCUACCAUCGGUCUGGGUUUAUCAUCUGGAACAGCACGAACGCCUAUUAUGUGAAGAAGAAGGCGGGGGCCUACAAGAUCGAGUGGGAGUUGGAGUCACGUUUGCACGAGGUCGUCCGCUUCCAGAGCAACAACAAUGGCGAGCUCUACGCGGAGCGGCGACCGGGUCACAUUGACCAGGUGAUGGUGGACAAGAACGGGACGGCUUCGCUGGAGUGCGUGGUGCCCACGGGCAGGCCCGUGAUUACGUUCCGGGUGCUCCAGGGCCUCAAGGACGAGUGCGUGUGCGUUCUGCACGACGAGGGGGUGGCCAUGAUAGACCUGGCCAAGGGCCACACUUUGUGCGAGGUCUCGGUGCCGGGAGCAGGGGCCAUGUGCAACCAUCGCAGCCUGGCCCUGGUGGCCGUGGGCACUCUGGAUGCGCGCCUCGUCUUGAUCCACUUCGAGCGGGCCAGUCUGCCGCACGUACUAUGCGAUCUGAAGUUGGAAACGGCGCCGGUGGUCGCACUGGACUUCAACGACAGCUGGCUGGUGUUCCAGGAUCAGGCCAAGCUGCUGCACGUCGUCCAGGUGGACAACAGGCCGCACAAGCUGACGCACUACUUCGAGAUGAACCAGCCGGAACUGGGGCAGGUGUUCGUCCACACCUUCAUCCUGGCCGACGGACCGCGCCUGAUGGUCUUCAUCAACCGGGAUCACAGCAUGAAGCGUCCGGGCUUUGCCACCGAGCUCUGGCUCUACAACUGGGGCAAGGACAAGCGCCUGCACCGGCGGGAGUAUGUCCUGCCCAAGGAGUACGGCUUCUUCUGCGUCCAGCCGCCGGUGGGGAGAUGGGCCGUCAUCGAGAUCGUGGCCACCGAGUACAACACGCUGAACUUUGACCAGUUCGCGCUGAACGAACGGGACGAGCUUCAGUGGAUCGCCUCCACCAAGUCGGGGCACUUCAGCUUCAUUCUGGGCGCCGGCAUGACCAAGCACCUGGUCACCUGGAGUCUUGGCGGCAUCCUGGUGCACUUCAAGCAGCACAAACGGGCCAAGAAACCCUUCAUGAUCUGCCGUUUCCUCAACCUGGGCAUGCAGACGGAGUACAUACUGCGGGUGAAGGAGUGCUUCAAUUCCAAAUACCUGAUCAUCCUGCUGGCGAACAAGAGCAUGCGGGUGAUGCGACUACCCUCCCUGGCGGACUUUGUGAGGGAGAAUGUGGCCCUGCCGCUGCCCGUGGAGGAGGGCAUUCCCUGCUUCGUGGAGGAGAUGGUCCACAAGGUGGAUAUGUUUGUGCCUCUGAGUCUGCGCCAGGAGGUCAAGGAGGAGUACACUCGGGCGGAUCUGAUGAAGCGGGACAAGCUCUUGGCCAGCAUCAAGGAUUUUGCCUCCAAAGUGACUGCCCUGAUCGACUAUGAUAUGGCGAAGACGGGUAAAACCCAGGGGAUCUUCAAGAAGUUCUGCUUCCACUACCGCUGGCUGGAUGCCCUCACGGAGGAGGCUCACAAGCUGUGUGCCCUGGAGCGGGAGUCCCUGGAAAGGGCCAUUGCGGACCAGGCCAGGAUUCGCGACUGGAUCCUGCGCCUGGUGACCCGUGAUGCCGUGAGCAUCAACUAUCGCGUACGCUCCAUAUUCGCGGAUGCCAACUUCGAGAGCUUCUCACUGCGACGCAAGGUGGAGAUGACGGAGUUCGACAAGUAUCGUUUCUACGACCUCGAGGACCACCUGCGCGUCUCUCUGGGCUCCUUCGAGGAAGAGGAGGCCCCGGCUCCGGCUGCCGGCGGUCAUGGGCCACCUCCUGCUAUCGAGGAGGGUGAGCAAGGCGAUGAGGUGAAGGAAGAGGUCGUCGAAGGAUUAAAGGAGCUCAAGCAAUUCGUGGUGGAGGGACCCAGCGUCUACGAGCACAUAAUGGCACCCGUCUUCCAGCUGCAGGACAAGAACCUGGUGACCUCGAACCAGUUGUUCAACUACAACUGCAAGAUCCGCUACUACCUGAACGACCCCCUCAAGGCUGAGUUCAACAAGCUCUUCCACGAGGCUCAGCAGCUCAAGCAGGACACCAUCGACAGUGUGAUGAACACCAAUGUUGUGCUGAACAAGAUCUACGACAACAUGAACAUCAUGCUGCGCCUGCUCAACAUGGAUCAAUUUGAGCCUCCGGAACUGACGGUACCUUCGUUGGCCCAGGACGAGGUCAUCAAGCGGAUCAUGGAGGUGGACGACUCGGAGAUCAAGGCUAUCAACCGCAGGAAGCCCAAGACCAUCGAUACGGGCGGCAAGAAGGGCAGACUGCUCUUGUGGAGCCCCGAGUUCUGGGCUCGGGCCCUUAUCGUGAUGAUGGACGGGGUGCUGGAGAAGCUGUGGGAGGAGGAGAUCAAGAAGGACAUCCCCGAGCCGGAGUUCAUGCAGAAGAAGCAGCCGCACGAGUACAACCUCGAGGAGCAGAAGAUCUUCCGGGCAUAUGAGGAGGCGGUGCACCUGUUGGAGCUGGAUCGUCGCAAGUACCUGCGCAUCCUGCACGAGAACGAGGAGAAGACACUGGCCCUGAAGGCCGCCCAGAUCCUGAAGCUCAACCAGCGGGUGGCCGAGCUGAUGAUCACGAAGCUGAAGUACGACUUUGCCCUCAAGCAGGGCCAGUUGCGUCUUCUCACCAUGGAGCAGAUCAACUUCGGUCGGGUCCAGCUGCAGAAACGCUUCUGCAUGUUUCGCAAGGACAUCGACAAGCUGAACGACUACAUGACGCGCUACGGCAACCUGCUCGACUUUUACGACAAGGCCUUUCUCGACGUGAAGACGCGACUGGAGGCCCAGCAGACCCGCGAUCGGGCCGUGGAGCGUCAGUUCAGGGCUCAGUUUCUGCCCCUGGUCCCGCAUGCCACCCACGAGAUGACCAAGCUCUUCAAGAAGCGCCCCAAGCUGCCAGGCAAGGUCUUCAACUCGGUGCUCAUCUGCAUGGAGGCCUCGAACAAGCUGAGCGGAAAGCCCAGCCACCGGACGCCCUUUCCCCUGCCCGACGACGUGCUCGAGUUCCUCAACUACCUCUCCGAGUUCGACCAGCCAAAGCAGUGUCCACCACAGGUGGACGCCAAGUCCUGGGACACCUUCGUCAAGCUGCGGCGCCAGAAGACCGAGAGCGAGCUGCGGCUGAAGGGCAUUGGCUACCAGCUGCUCGACAGCCAGGGCAUCCUGGGCCUCCUCAACAAGGACCUGGCGGCGCUCAAGGAGUCCAAGGUGCUCACGCAGCGCAAUGCCGAGGAGAGCAUCCAAGCAUACUUGGAAAAGAUGAGAAACAUGACCAUCCAGUUGACCCUCACCAAGGGUCAGGUUGAGGUCACGGUGUUGGGCCAGUUCACCAAUCUCUCAAACACAGUUCUAAUGCACGUGGACGACAUCAACGAUGUGAACCGCCAGAUACAGGAUGCAGGCAACAAGAAGAUCAAGGCCAUGCAGCGAGUAGCCGUCUUCAGACGCCAGGUGAUCUUCAAGGAGUGGGAGCACAAGCUCUACAAGGCCAACAUAGCGUAUCUGAAGUACAUGCUGGACGCCAUCGAGAAGUGCAAGGUGUCCAUGGAGUUCCUGAACAUCCUGCGCAACUGGGAAAAGGUCAAGACGGAGCGACAGAAGUACAUAGCCGGGGCCAUUGAACGGGUGAUUGAGCAAAAGAUAGCCAUCUUCAAGAAGAACAUCGAUCGCGUGAACACGAAAAUCGAUGCGGUAAAGGCGCAGACCUUGGAGGUAAAGCGCAGCAAUCACGCCAUCGAUUUUAAGAUCGAGCGGAUCAAGGUGGACGUCACUUUCCAGAACACCAUGCGCGACACCAUGAUGGAGGAAAAGCGGGAUCGCGAGCAGCGCGAGCGAAUGUCGCAGAUUAAGACCCACCGGCAGCUCAUGGAGAAUGUGCGCCGCCACUACGCCCAUGUGCUGGAAUUGCAGACGAUUCUGGAGCUACUUCGUCUGCGAACCUACCCCACUUUGGGUCCGCCCCUGCCCCAGUGCCAUCCGCCGGUGCCGGAGCACAUCCUCAGUUCGGUGCCCUAGGAGCAGUUCAACCCGACCAAACCCAGCCAGCAGACCAGUCCAAGGGGCCAAGUUUUAGCCACUUGGCAAAAUUGCAAUUAAAUAUUUUCAUUGCGC